GAAAGCAGUGAGCUAUGACGUCGUGUGAAGGGGCUCAGAUAUGCAAUUUUUUGUUUUUUGCAAUAUGGCGCCUUCCAUCGCUGAGUGAGUGGAUAGGAAUAACAAUAACAAUUUCUUGAAGUCACUAAAAGAUCCUUUUCCUCCGUUAAGGCUGUUACAGUAAAGAAAGUCCCCCACCCCUUAAAAAGAAUCAAUUGGAUCACACAACUCUUGGAGGAGAUUUCAGCUACUUGUGAUGACAACCCCAGGAGGGCCCUAGGGACGUCUCAGAGCAGGAUAAAUGCCGUGGACUAGAAACUUGCCAUGGUGGGCUGGUUUGAUGAAACUAGCAAUUUAAAAAAUAAAACGUAAAAAAUGGAUAAAUGUAAGCAUGUUGGACGUCUUCGUCUGUCUGAAGAUCAUUCAAUACUUAAUCCUCAAAAAUGGCACUGUGUGGACUGUAAUACUACAGAAUCUGUGUGGGCAUGCCUUAGCUGUGCAAAUGUUGCUUGUGGAAGGUACAUUGAAGAACAUGCAGUAAAACACUUCCAGGAAAGCAAACAUCCUGUGGCCUUGGAAGUGAAUGAAUUGUAUGUGUUUUGUUACAUUUGUGAUGAUUAUGUCAUAAAUGAUAAUGCAACUGGUGACUUGAAACUUUUACGCAGCACUCUAAGUGCAAUCAAAAGCCAGAAUUAUGCCCAUGUUACUCGCAGUGGUCGGACUUUACGAUCAAUGGGCAGUAGUGAAGACUCCUACCCUUCAGAACGAUGUGCCUUGGCUGUGCUUCGAAAUGAGGAUCGCAUGUUCACAGCUCUCUGGCAUCGAAGACGUAGUCUUCUUGGGAAAGUGUUUCGAUCUUGGUUUGAACUGACACCUGGUGGAAAGAGGCAGAUAGAGGCUGAAAGACUGAGGGAGGAAGCAGAGAUAAAAAGAGAAGAAACCAAAAGAAGAAGACAAGAGCUGAAGCGCCAGCUUAAAGAAGAGAUGGAAAGUAUGCCACCUAGAAAGAGUUUCCGUUUGCAGCAGAAAAACAGAGUUCCCACUAGUAUAGAAACUGCCCCACAAAGAGUAUCACAAAAAACAAUAUCAUUAGCAUCAAGAAAAUCUAAACCCAUCCCCCCUACCUCAAGUGGAAUAAGGCCAAAAAAAAUAAGUGACUCUCCUGUAAAACGACGACCCACUGUAACUCCUGGUGUAACGGGACUAAGAAAUUUAGGCAACACUUGUUAUAUGAAUUCUAUUCUUCAAGUUCUGAGCCACUUAGAAAUGUUCAGAGAAUGUUUUUUGCACCUUGAUCUAAACCAGACUCAGGAGCUACUAACUGGUACCUCAAAUGGGAGGCCUAGAUCCUUAGUCAGUCAGCUUUCAGUUACUGAUCUUGUCUCUAAUGAAAAAGAAAAAAAAAGAAAUAACGUGUCAUCAUCUUCAAGGAGACCUAGUCUUUCAGCAGGACUGAGUGGAGGAGCAUCUGGAAAUAGUAAUAUGGAACUUAUACAACCAAAGGAACCAAGCUCUAAGCACAUUUCUCUCUGCCAUGAACUGCAUACCUUAUUUCAGGUCAUGUGGUCGGGUAAGUGGGCACUGGUGUCUCCUUUUGCUAUGCUUCAUUCUGUUUGGAGGCUUAUCCCAGCAUUUAGAGGGUACGCACAACAGGAUGCACAAGAAUUCCUCUGUGAACUUUUGGAUAAAGUGCAACAGGAGCUAGAGACAGCUGGCUUGAGGUAUUCAACUGGCAUUCCUGUCUCUCAGAGGAAGCUCAUCAAACAAGUUUUGAAAGUAGUUAAUACUAUUUUUCAAGGACAGCUUCUCAGUCAGGUAACCUGCCUUUCUUGUGACAACAAGUCUAAUACAGUAGAGCCAUUUUGGGACCUUUCGUUGGAAUUUCCAGAGAGGUACCAUUGCAGUGGGAAAGAAAUGUCUUCCCAGUAUCCUUGCCCACUUACAGAAAUGUUAGCAAAAUUCACAGAGACAGAAGCACUAGAAGGAAAAAUUUAUGCCUGUGAUCAGUGCAACACCAAGCGUAGGAAGUUUUCUUCAAAGCCAGUCAUACUUACAGAAGCCCAGAAGCAAUUGAUGGUGCAUAGACUACCUCAAGUUUUGAGACUGCAUCUCAAAAGAUUCAGGUGGUCAGGACGUAAUCACCGGGAGAAAAUAGGAGUUCAUGUGCAAUUUAACCCAGUACUAAACAUGAAACCUUACUGCUACAUCGAAUCCACAUAUUCACUCAAACCUGAGUGCUUUACAUAUGACCUUGCUGCUGUGGUGAUGCAUCAUGGAAAGGGAUUUGGAUCAGGACACUAUACCGCAUACUGCAAGAAUACAGGAGGAGGUUUCUGGGUGCACUGCAACGAUUCCAAGCUUACUAUCUGUACUGAAGAGGAGGUUUGCAAAGUGCAGGCUUAUAUCCUGUUUUAUACCCAGAGAGUUUCUGAAGAGGUGGGACUUUCUAUAACUAAGCCAGCAUCCCCAAGUUUACUAGCUAAUAACACAAACACCAGCAACACUUUAAGGACAAGUUUAUUCUUGCCAUAAAUUGUCUAUAUUACCUCCAAAGACUGAUUUGUCUGUGUGCAAUGGAAUGUUUAUUGUGAAUAUGUAAUUAAAGCACUCUGUUUUACAUUAUCUCUUGUGAAUUUAUGUACAGAAUGUUUAUACAUUUUUGUAAUGAAUGAUUUUCUACAAAGUAAGCACUCUUUUAUAACUCAUAGAAUACAUGAAUUCAUGUGUAAUUGUAUAUAGGUGCUGUUAACUUUCUUAGGGAGAUCACCCAGUGUACAUUGUCUGGCAGCUGUUAUUCAUCUGCAGUUUUUAAAGUAAACCAAACUGCCUCUUGUUUUUAUAUUUUAUUAACUCAGGCCAUUUUACCUCACUUGGUAGAGCCUUUCCUAAUUAAUAAGUAUUCUUAAUACUAUUUUGUAUUAGAAAAUAGGCAAAUUUCAUAUGCUUUAUGGGUUCCAUGUCUGUGUACAAAUCAUCAUUGUGGAAUAUGUAACUUGCGUAUUGUGUGGACCCAGGUUAUUGUGCAUAAUUGUAUGCAAAUUGCAGGAAACCUUCUGUUUCAACAUUUUUACUAAUGCAGUUCUGAAAAAGUCAUACAUCAUAUCCAAAUUUGGAGUCAUUAAAAUACUGCUGAUACACAGUUGAGGACUGCAAGCUCCUGAUUGAAAACUUCAGCUUGUUUUGGCAUACUGACUAAGUUAAAUAAGGCAUCCAUAUUCUUGCAAGUCACCUACAGAAAUAGAAUUUGGAUUAGACUAUUUUUCUCCUUGCCAUAAUUUACAAAAGUGCAAAAAAAUAAAUAAAUGUGUCAGCACAGACAAGUACACAGUAAUGUUGCAUGAAUUAAGACAGAGUAAUAGUAAGGCCACCCAGGGGUAAGGGUGUAUUAAAAAAUUUUAUCAGAAAGUCAGGGAUUUUGUAAUUACCAUUUUAUACACUUUUUAUACAGUAUUGAAAUAUUUUAAUACAGUGUUUUAACAAAGUAGACUUUUCCAGGACUGCUUUAGUGACACAAAUAUAUAGCAGUAGAAUGUUGUUUUACAGCAUUUAAAUCAAUGUUAAUUGAAAGGUGUAAUGCAGCAGGUUUGCAAUGCCAUAAAAAAAAAGUGUGUUCACUACCUUUUUAUGUGAAGUAUUAUAGGCAUAAAUUAUUGCCUAGUACAAUGAACUACUGAAAUCUGCCUUCCUCAUACAACUCUGGUGAAAAGUGACCAUUUCUCUCUUUUUUUUUUUUUUUCUCAAUUUUGUUUGUCGGUCAACCUGCAUAAUCUUUUUAUUAAAGAGGGACUGUAUUAAAAGUAUGUCUUACUUGUAA